AUGUCUAAUUAUAAUCCUUACCAAAACUUUCAAAUUAACAAUGAUAAAAAUAAUCAAUACCGUACAACCAUGGUCGACGCUAGCAACAAAACUGACGCUGACAACAAAACUGCAGACACUAACAAUAGCCGUAUUUGCAUUAUGAACAUUGCUGAUUUUCUCGACAAUGAACAACACCCUAUGCAACCCACGCAAGAUGAGACCUCUCAAGAUGAAGAGUUAGAGACCACCGUUGUAUCCAAUAAUACAGAAAUGGAGGAACAAAGACUUAUUGAAUACGUUAAGUGUGCUAUUCGAGUUUUGUAUUUCGACUUUUUGCUCAGCAUUGAAGAACUUUGCCUGAACAAACCCGUCCUGUUUUUGGUGAGGUCGAAGAGUGAACAAGCUCAGCCAAUUCGAUCUGCCUCUGAGGAACCUUCAGCUCGUACCCGCGAUCCUUCUUUUGGUCCUUCGUCUCCUGUACCAUCCGUGAUUCCUCUCUCUUUGUCCGUGAAGCCUACAGUUGACAACGAUACUUCUUCUCCUCCUGUGGAUCCUGCCGAGACUCCAAGAAUUCAUCGUACUUCAAUGUCAUUAGACAGGGAAGCUGCCAAAAUUCUAGACACAGAUAAUAGGCAACAAAAAAGUUCCAAUUCUUUAUUUUGA